AUGAAUAGCGCUGCCCUCAGCAAUGGCGGUGGACCAGAGUUAGGCCAAUCCACUGCUGGGAUCCGUGUCACCACGGAAGCGGAUCACGCCAAACGCAUAAACCUGCUAAACGAGCUCUUCUCGACGGAAACGCGCUAUGUGGGCGAGCUAUGCAUGAUUGUCCGCCGCGUCGCGGGUGCGUGGAGCCCGACCAACUUUCCGCCGCCGGAGCUCGAUAGCAUGUUUCGCGCGUCAGAGGUUUUGUACCGUGUCAACAACGAGUUUCUGCGCUCGCUCCAGGAAAUUGGGCCGAAUCCAACAUCGCCCAAAGGCCUAGGCAGUUUGCUCAUGCAGUGGGUCGACAAACUGCAGACGCCUUAUACGCGCUUUUGCUCGGUGCGAGUGCAUGGCUUGGAUGCACUCCCGAAUAUCCAGCAGAACAAGGAACUUUUUCGGAUCCUUUCCCAAGUCACGGCUGAGAUCCCGCCCACGAACGGCGGCGUGUGGACGCUCGAUGCUUUGUUCGACCUGCCCAUUGCUCGCAUUGGGUUCUAUAAGAAGUUCUAUGCGCGUCUCUUGCGCAACACCGAGCACGGCCGCUCGGACCACGCGCUACUGCAGAGUGCGAACGAAAAACUGGACAACAUUUUCCUGCUCGCCCAGCAGCGCGCGAGUGCUCCGACACAGCCACCGGUGUAUUUUCGGGCGCUGUCACCUCCCCCUGCUCCUGCUCCUGCACUUGCACUUGCAUCUGCGUCUGCAUCUGCCCCUGCACCGAUACUCGCGCCGCCAGCAGCACGAGUAGAGCCUGCGCCGUACAAGCAAGUGCAACUGCCGCCCCAGUCAUCGAACCCUAUAGCUGCGCCGCCAAUCGGCAUAAACUCUUCGGCUCCUGCACCGGUGCUAAGUCACCAGAAUCCUGCACAAAAUGCAUACGAGCGCACGGAAGAUCGCAGCCGUGACCAAGAGACUGCACGCCAACCGCCUGCGCCUGCGCCUGCGCGACCGCCGCAGUCCGCUGAAAAAGAAAGCACUCGUGCGGCGCUUACCUCGCUGAUCCCCCAACUGUCCGUGACGGAGCUGCAGGGCCGGAUCGAUUCCUCGUACACAAUGGAUAUCUUUACCUUGCAGCCCAAGACCUGUCGGCUUCACAUCAACCCGUCGACACUCACAUUUCCCCGUUCCGUGCGCCUCACAGACGGUGCAUUGAUGCAGAUCAGGCCUCCGAAUGGCAUUGAUACCCGGACUGUAAAUAACGCACGUCUAAUUUUGUUCACGGAUCUGUUGCUCAUUGGCGAGGACAUUGACCGCGCUGAAAAUCCACUCCAACCGCCAAACGUCUGGCUCAUGUUUCCCCCCCUUGCAGGCAAGUUUGUCGAUGCCACGUCACAUGGUGCGCCGCAUGAGAACACUAUACGGAUCACCAUCAUGCGCCGCACCGAGUUACUCAUUCGGCUUCCGUCCGCCGAAUGCAAACAAAAGUGGCUGCACGAAAUCGUGCUCUGUCGAGACUUUAAGCCUGUACAGCGCGCGGAAAGUGGAUCGAGUGCGGCGCCGUUGGCGACGCUCCCGACGCCGUUGCCCGCUCUUGAACGCGCUUCGCAGCCGAACACAGUGCCCGACGAACCAAACCGCACGCUUUCCCUGCCUUUGCCGAUGCAGAGCAUGCCAUCGCCUGCCGACAUGAGCGGCGGCUCGCUCACUAGCAACGCUGCACGCAUGCCACAGCGACUUCCGCCGCUCCUUGUGCCCAAUGUAACAGCCAACGAACAGCUGCUCGGCUCGUCGCUUGUGGAACAGGACGCAGAUUUGCGUUCUCCAUCACUCCCCAGCGCCCAUUUGACCCGCGAAAGCUCGCUAAAUUCAAUCGACUCUUUCCCCCGCAUGCCGGCACGGUCGCGGAUGGACUCGCCUGAGAUACGUGUUGCAUCGCCAUUGGGCUCGCCAUUAACUGCGUCGCCCACUGCAUCAGUCGUGCCGAAGCCACUUGGCGCAUUGGAUGAAGAAGUGCGGUCUAUGCGCAUUACCAAUUCUCCACUCUCGCAAAAGUUUCCCAUUAUGUCGGAACAAGCAAGACGCCCUUCGGAGCCGAGUAUACCAAGCAAUGCACAGCAGUCUCCGGUGCGGUCGAUGAGCCAGCCGCGCUUGAAUGCAAUGGUAGGCGCGAAAUUACCCUCUCAAACACUCCAAGAAGGCGGCCGCCAAGCAACGCCAGAUUGGCUGCAUCAUGAACCAGCACCCGCCUCUGCUGCCCAGAAGCAGCGGCGUCCUGCGUACAAUUUGUGUGCACAAAUGCGGUGCAAGGUAUUUUUGAAGCAGAGCUAUGCACAAUGGAAAGCGCUCGGGAAUGCACGACUACGCCUAUAUCAUUUGCAACAUACCAAAGAGAACCAGCUUGUUGUUGGGAGCGACAAGAAGACGAUCAUUUCUACCAUUGUCUUGACGAACGCUGUAGAACGUGUGGGAAAGACGGGGCUUGCCGUGGAGCUUUCUGACAAUGGACGGCUUACCGGCGUUGUGUAUAUGUUGCACAUGCGCAGCGAAGAGUCUGCCAAUGGUCUUUUCCACCAGCUCAUUAUAGGGUCUAGCCGAACGCUGCUGGGGAGUCCUACACCCAGCUCGUAG